AGCAAGGGCUCCCUCUGGCGACGGUAACUUGACACUUGGAUCUCCAGGGGAACAGCAACAGAAAAGCAAGGCUGGGGCGGCAGCUGGCUGUCAGCAGGAAGAGCGAGUCCGGGCAGCAGCGGAGCAAGUGCCCACGGAGGAAGUGCAAGGUGGGGAGCCUGGCCAGGGAGAGGAUACUCCUGCUAAGCUUCCUAGUACCUGAGCUCCCAGCCCAGCAGGCAGCCCUGGUCGGAGCCCAGUGAGACAUGGCAGCUAACAGCUUCAUACAGGAGAUGCACUCUGUGGGGGAGCGGCUGCUGGCCAAGCUGCAGAGGCUGCCUGAGGCCGACACUGUGGAGCUCGUGGCCUUCUCAAUCAUUGUCAUUUUCACAGGCACCAUCCUGCUGCUGUUGCUGCUAGCCUGCAGCUACUGCUGUGUGCGCUGCUGCUGCCCCGAGCGGAGAGGCAGGAGGGUGCAGGUGCAGCCUGUGACACGCUGAGGAAACUGCAGGACCGGCUAGAGCCAUGACCAACGUCAGCCUGGCUCUGUGGACGUCACCCUUCUAGACAAGGACCCCCCAGUCCCAGCUUGGCUCUGCCCUGGUGCCUAGACACUGACAAACGGAGUCUUCACAAGGAAAACACAGGCAGAUGCAGGCCUGAAACUAGACUGAACAAACCACAUGGGGUCUUGUGCCUCCCUGUGCUUUUUAACAAAGCAAAGCUGCAGUGGUCCCCAUACCUUGGGGAGCGACCCUCGGGGCUCAGCUGAUCCAUACAGAGGAGGCACUGGGCGCUGGAAGGGGGCAUGUCAGGCAGCGUCCUAGCCUGUUAUUUGCCUGUCUCCAUGUGAAAGCUGGCUGGCUGAGGGUUUCUGUGGCAUCAGACUCCCUGAGAUCUGGGCUGUGCAACAGGAGGGCGGUGUCCAUGCCCAUGAAAGCUGGAAAAGCACGUGAGGCACAGGGCGAUGCAGGUGCUCAUGCCACCAAGCCAGUGGAGGGCACCUGUAAUUCCUGUCACGCACCAGCUGCCAAAUGCCUGCUCUACAGAGCGACAGAGGCUGCCUGCCCCCGGGCAGGUGCCCGGCUCAGGAAUGCCAUGGCAGUUUCCUCCACUGGAGCCACUGGCUCUUCCCAAACUUCUAGUCAGAUAAGAGCUGUUGGAGCUCUGGGAUUGUCUCUAAUCUGCACCCCAGUUCUGGGCCAUUUCCCCGGGGUUCAUUGACUGGGCUCACACCUGCUCCUGCCCAUACCAGUCGUGUGACUCCACCUCCCCCAUGAGACAAGGCAAGUCCUAGCACCUGCUUCUGGGGUAUGUCAAGAGGGUUUGCUAAGAUGACCUAUGUGUGGCACACAGCAUGGCUCUGGACACAUCCGAAGAGCUCUACAGACAGCAACUGCCGUGAUUCUGUUCUCUGAACAGAGCAGGGCACAUGGCAUCACAGACCCAUUUUGAAGAGUAAUUCUCGUCAGGCCAGCACUGUGAGGUAGUGGGUCAAGCUACCACCCGCAGCACUGGUAU